AUGACGAUAAACCAUGUCUUCGUCUGGGCCUCUAAAGCCAACUUCCAAUUCUUGCGAUCGUUUUAUCGCGCAGUUUUACAGCCAAUCGACUAUGUCGAGAUGAUCUGCGCAUCCGAAAAUACUCUCAUCGGAUACGGUAGUGAUUAUCCUUAUUUUUGGCUGAAGCAAUUGCCUGAUGCCAAAGCGCCGCUGCCAACCCACAUCGCGUUUGAUGCCCCUAAUCAAGAGGCGGUAGAUCACUUCUACCAGCUGGCAUUACAACACGGUGGACGUGGCAAUGGCCCACCGGGUAUACGAGAAGAGAUGAGCCGCCAGCCAUACUAUGCAGCCUUUAUCUCUGAUAUGGAUGGCAACAAUAUUGAAAUUGUUCAUGUUCCAAAAUAG